UUUUGCCUGGAAUGUUGAUUUUGGGUAGACCCAGAGAGAGAGAGAGAGAGAGAGAGAGAAAGAAAGAGGAUCCGACUGCAUGGCCUUCGAAGGGUUAAAUGAAUAGAGCUAGCUUCCUAGAGAGGAAGGGAAGUUGGGGGAGGAGGGGCGUCCUCCAUAUCAAAUGCACUCCCCCCCCAGGCCGUUCCCCUCCCGGAUCCUCCAUUGGGGGAGAGUGGCCUUUGUCUUUCCCGAGAGCUGCAUCGGUGCCUCCUUCCUGGGAUCCGGCCUUGGUAACGCUGCUAGUUAGUUUGCCUUGAGACCAAAACUGGCAGGCAGAAAAAGCAAGCGUUUGGUUGUGUUGGAGGCUUCUUUGGAGCAUAGCUCAAAGAUGGAAGAGCAAGAUUCACCUGCCCCUGAAGCAGCAGGAAGGAGCCCUGAUACCAUCAAGACUGGGAGCAGUGGGGAAUCCUGGGAAAAAACCAUGCAGAAGACCCUGAGUGAGAACUUGCUCAGAGCAGAUGUACAGCACCAGCGCUUCAAGCAGUUCCGCUACCAGGAUGCUGAGGGCCCCCGAGAGGUUUGCAGCCGACUCCACGAUCUUUGUCAUCAGUGGCUGAAACCAGAGCAGCACACAAAGAAUCAGAUUCUGGACUUGGUGAUCUUGGAGCAGUUCCUGACCAUCCUUCCACCAGAGAUGGAGCGCUGGGUCAGGGAAUGUGGAGCGGAGACCAGUUCCCAGGCGGUGGCCCUGGCAGAGAUUUUCCUCCUGACUCAGGCAGAGGAGAAGAAGCAGGAGGAGCAGCAGGGACAGGGUCUAUUCGGUUCUGAUUUCUCCGAGUCAGAGAAGGCUUCAUCGGACACCAAACACAGUCCCCUGCGACGGGGGAUCAUGCCGGAGGGUGAUGGAGGGGCCAGUUGGCAGGGCUAUGGAGCGCUUCCGGCAAUACGUGCUCAGUCAUCUUUUCUGUGUGGUGGACGAGAUGUGGCUUCUGCACAACCUGAUAAGGAUCUGACGACCCUGAAAGAGGCUGCUACAUAUUUUUCUAAGGAGGAGCGUGCUGUGCUGGAUCCUGAACAGAGAGCUGCACACAGACAGCUGAUGGUGAAGAGCUGUGGGCUGAUGACUUCCCUAGAAGGUGACAAAUGGGAAAUGGAAAACAAGGGAGAACCACGAGAGAUGUCACCAGAAAGGGAGAGAGGUAAAAAGAGCGAAGAGCCAAGAAGACAAACUGAAAGAAACCAUAAAAGGAGGACUAAAUCUCCUGUUUCUGAUGAUGGCGAUUAUCAUGAAAUCACAGUCCAAGGAAAAAUAGGGAAAAUAAAGAAAAGAACUGAAAAGAUUGUCAAAAUAAGUGAGCCAACUGUUAAAAGACAAAGGACUUAUCUUUUCAACAAAGAAUGGGAAGAGAGGUAUUGUUUUGUGGAUUUGAACGGCAAGUGUGUCUGCUUGCUCUGCUCUUCAACUGUUGCGGUCUCGAAGAAGCACAACGUCCAGAGACAUUAUGAGAGAAAUCACGGCAGUUUUGCUAAGGACUAUCCUCUUGAUUCUGAGCUUCGGAAAAAAAAGGUCAGUGAAAUGAAAUCGAAACUGGCGAUUCCGCCGUCACCCACCACCAGGCCUGUGGUGCAAUCCAAGAACAAUACAAUGGCAUCUUUUAAAAUUGCAAGUUUACUUGCUAAGAGGAAAAAACCUUUUGUGGACGGGGACCUCUUGAAGGAGAUAUUCUUGACUGCUGGGGACUCGAUGUUUGAAGGUUUUCCCAAUAAAAAAGAAAUCCUCGCCGCCAUUCAAAAAUUGCAGCUGUCUGGAAACACCAUUACCAGAAGAAUCGAGUCCAUUUCGAGAGACUUGGAGCAUCAGCUGCAAAGCGACCUGCAGACGUGUCUUUGGUUUGCCCUUCAGCUUAACGAAUCCACAGAUAUCACAGACCCUUCUCAGAUGGCAGUCGUUGUGAGAAUGGUAUUCAGUGAUCUUUCUGUGAUAGAAGAGCUACUCCGAAUACUACCUUUGAAAGGGAAGACGAGAGGCGAGAACAUUUUUCAGACUUUCAAAGACUUUGCUACGGAAAUAAAUUUGCCUCUUCACAAGUUGACAUCCCUCACCACUGACGAGGGCUCAGCGACGGGUUGCAUCAGUGGGUUCAUUGCUCAGUGCCAGCAAGAUGAAUCUUUUCCAAAGCUUGUUUCUUAUCACUGCAUCGUUCAUCAGGAGGCGCUGUGCGCCAAAGUACUCCGGUUUAAACACAUCAUGGAUGUUGUUAAAAAAAUAGUAAACUCUAUCCGGGCAGUCUCCUCGAAACACAGGCUUUAUAAAGCUCUUUUGGAGGAUGUUGAUGCUGAACACAAUGAUCUCCUUUUGCAUAGUGAGGGUAGAUGGCUGAGUAAAGGAAAAGUGCUGGCCAGAUUUUUAAACCUGAUUGAAGAAAUUAAGGAGUUUUUCAGGUCUAAAGAUCAGUAUGUUGAGCAACUGGAUGACAAGUUUUGGUUAGUGGACUUGGCUUUCCUUGCUGAUCUGAUGCAAAAGCUGAACAUUUUGAACUUCGAGCUUCAGGGUAGAGACAAACAUAUUUCUGGGAUGCUCACUGCAGUCAAUACCUUCAAAGAUAAACUGAGGUUGUGGAAGUCACACUUGCAGAGGAAAUCGCUUCUUUACUUCCCUGCAAUGAAGCAAGUCAUUGGAGAGAGCGACUUCAACAAUGCGCCAUUUGUGGGCUACUUGGAGAUACUGGAGGAACAGUUCCUUACUCAGUUUGAGCAGCUCAUUGACAUUGAACCUGUUGUGUCGUUUUUUGCAAACCCAUUCAAUUCAAUUGAUGUCACAGUGACUGCCAUGGCCAUUGCCGAACUUUGUCAAGCUAGGUUAGAGGAAGUAGAGCUGGAGAUUGUGGACCUUCAGAAUGACUUAGUUUUAAAAUCUAAUUCGGGCCAUGACAAUUUUUGGAAUCAGGUUGGUUCCCAAAAGUUUCCUUUGUUGAAAAAGACUGCUGCAAAGGUAAACUCUUAUUUUGGAUCAGCUUAUCCUUGUGAGUCCCUCUUCUCAGCUAGAAAAUUUAUCAAAUCAAAAAACAGAACACGGCUGACACCUAAGCAUCUGGAUGACUGUUUGCGAGCAGCAAUCUCAUCAUACACCCCCAAUUAUAGCAAGCUUGCUGAUGACAUGCAGUGUCAAGCAUCACACUAAGUCUUGGAGCCUUGGCGUAAGUUCAGUGAGGUGUGGUUGCUUUGCCGUAAUCAUUGAUUAGCUUUGAUUGGGAUAUUAUCAGUGGCAAGUUUCUAUUCUUUUCCAUUCUGUGUUCUUUUUAACAGUAGUUAGUAUGCUGUCUUUAAAUACACCAUUUUUAUUUGUGACUGUGGAUGUAUAUUGUUGUAAUAACUCAGUCCAGGUAUAACCUUGAAUUAUGUUUUAUUAUUUUCUGUAGAGCAGCCUCCAACUGGGAACAUGAAUAAAUGCGCUUUUAUAUGUGGAA